AUGGGGCUGCAGGAACAUCGGGAAGCCUGGACACCAGGGCCCACUGCCUGGAAGGCCCAGGCCCUCACCGGGCUCUGCACGUACUCUGAGGGUAGUGGGAGGGAUGAGGGUGGAGUUGGAACCAAGAAGAAGAGCAAACCCUUGAACCUCAAGAUCCACAGUGGCGUGGGCAGCUGCGAGAACAUCCCUGCCCAGCAGCGCUCCCCGCUCCUGUCCGAGCGCUCCCUGCGGUCCUUCUUUGUGGGCCAUGGGCCCUUCCUGCCCUCCACCCCGCCCGUCCACACUGAAGCCAAUUUCUCUGCAAACACACUCUCUGUACCUCGCUGGUCACCACAGAUCCCACGCAGAGACCUUGGCAAUUCCAUCAAGCACAGGUUUUCCACCAAGUACUGGAUGUCUCAGACGUGCACGGUCUGCGGGAAAGGGAUGCUUUUUGGCCUCAAGUGUAAAAACUGCAAGUACUAUCGCACAAGACCGGUCUCCAGCCCUCAGGGCAUCAGCACAGACAUCUUCACUAGUGCCAAGGCCUUGGCUCUUCCUGCUGACCACAUCCCUGUCCCUUACCAGCCAGACUCCAGCAGCAACCCCUCCUCCACGACGUCCUCCACGCCCUCCUCACCGGCACCCCCCCUCCCUCCCAGCGCCACGCCGCCUUCUCCCCUGCACCCUUCCCCGCAGUGCCCGAGACAGAAAAAGAACUUCAGCCUUCCAGCUCCCCAUUUUUACAAAUACAAGCAACAGUUCAUCUUCCCAGAUGUGGUGCCUGUACCAGAGACGCCCACCCAGGCACCCCAAGUCAUCCUGCAUCCUGUCACCUCGAAUACAAUCUUGGAAGGAAACCCAUUACUUCAAAUUGAAGUGGAACCAACCUCCGAGAAUGACGAGAGCCACAACGAAGCCGAGUCCGAGGAUGAAUUUGAAGAGAUGAACCUGUCCCUCCUCUCAGCCCGGAGCUUCCCCCGAAAGGCGAGCCAGACCAGCAUCUUCCUUCAGGAGUGGGACAUCCCAUUUGAACAGCUAGAGGUUGGGGAGCUCAUUGGGAAGGGCCGCUUCGGGCAGGUUUUCCAUGGACGCUGGCACGGCGAGGUGGCCAUCCGGUUGAUCGACAUAGAGCGGGACAAUGAGGAUCAGCUCAAGGCCUUCAAGCGGGAAGUGAUGGCCUACAGGCAGACGAGGCACGAGAACGUGGUGCUCUUCAUGGGGGCCUGCAUGAGCCCACCCCACUUGGCCAUCAUCACCAGCCUCUGUAAGGGACGGACACUCUACUCCGUGGUGAGGGACGCCAAGAUUGUCUUGGAUGUCAACAAAACCAGGCAGAUCGCACAAGAGAUUGUAAAGGGCAUGGGCUACCUCCACGCGAAGGGCAUCCUUCACAAGGACCUCAAAUCAAAGAAUGUCUUCUAUGACAACGGUAAAGUGGUCAUCACAGACUUCGGGCUCUUCAGCAUUUCCGGGGUGCUGCAGGCUGGCAGGCGGGAUGACAAGCUGCGGAUCCAGAACGGCUGGCUGUGCCACCUGGCCCCAGAGAUCAUUCGCCAGCUGUCCCCUGACACAGAAGAGGACAAGCUCCCGUUCUCCAAGCACUCGGAUGUCUUUGCACUUGGGUAA